CGGCUGAUGGAGGUAUUAGUGAUCCAAUUUCAGAACGAAUUACCAAAUCUGGAUUUGCACUUAUUGUCCCGAGACACUUGUGACCUCGCGUUGUCACUCUCAAGCUAAAGGGCAGUGUGCGACGUCACCGCCUGUGCGAUCAUUCUGUUCUGUCGCGUGACCUGACCUAUUCGCUCAGAACAUUUGAAAUGUCCAUCAACUUUCGGCCACCGCAGCUUGCGAACAAUUGCUCGGAUGUAGUGGCAGCACUGUGUAUGCAAAACGGAAGGUAGCCUCAGAGUAUUUGGAGCAAACAGCCCCUACCUCCAGAGCAGCACUUACGUCGACCAAUCCAAGUGCUGUUCAUCAUGCCUACCGAUCAUUUAGUAUUGCGUUGCGCCAAGUGCCUUUUGUUCCAAGUUCAUCAAACUAGAAAGGAUCGAAAGUGGGUAUGCAAAGUCUGCUUCACCAAACAGUCUGUUCUGAAGGUUUUUGCUGAGGCUCCGGCUAGAGAUUGCCGAACCAUCGUACAGCAACUGAACAUGAACGCUGCAGUGCUGACGGCUGGGUCAGAGAACACCAUUCCUGACGUGUGGAAGAAAUCAACUGUUCAAAACUCGUCGAACCUGUGUGAUGUUUCCGACCUCAAUUUGCUUCAGGAAGAACAAAAGUCUCCUCCUCUUUACGAUGUCUCUGACGCUCGUUCUGAUAUGGUAUCAGAGUACCGGCUGAAAGCUUGCUCAGACCGCAAAGUUGUUAAAGACCAGUCUUGUCCACUCGAUAUGGUUUCCGAAACGCCUCUGACCAACUCCAAUUUCCAGUCGGGUUACCAGUCCAAAUGGAGCGCCUACUUAUAACUAGAUCAUUCCCCUAUUUUACUCGGACUGCAUCUAUUCCUGUUCGUUUUUUGUGUAUCUAACUAACUCCAGCAGCUAUUUUGUAUCAACAAUUCGAGUAACCGCUUAUGUUCGCCAGGUAUCGAGAUUGUUUUCGGCUGCUGUCAUGCAUAAGCACUGACCCCGGUACGGUCUCAUAGACGUUUUCGGACCCCAAUGGGCGACAUACUAGAACUUCAUACUUUUAAUUAUUGGAAUAAAAGCUGCACAUGGAAUCCAUCUUUG